AACAUGGCCGAUGGAGUCCCCGCACCGCCGACCCCAAAACCACAAACGGAUCAAGAUGACAUCUUAGAAUGGCGACCAAGAACAGAGUGGACCGUUCUCCCAUCUGAAUUUGCAUCUGGGCCUUUAGGUUUAGGUGAUCCAGAUGACCUGUCACUGCGGAAGGUUGAAAAAGAGGUUUUGAUACCGAUGGUGAUGAGGGACAAAGCCUGGAUGGAGAAAUGUCGCCCAGAAGUGAUAGCCUUUGAAAAAUGUGCCAAAGCUGAAGAGUUCAUGAUGAUGUUCAGAUGUCGAGAAAAGAAUGACACAAUGCAAAAGUGUGUUAAAGCUUGGUAA